CUCCUUUUAUUCUGACUCCGCCACAUUUCUUGACUGUAAAAUGAGUCGGCUUCCACAGAAACAAGUCCUACCCUCUACUCGCGCACGAUGGGAAAAAGAUAUCGGCGUAAGGAAGUUGCAUGGGAAAACUAGUCAUGGAACAGAGUUGGCCUCCAGAUCAGAGAUUAGCUACAACCAAUUCUUACUCCUAUGCGUUCUUUGGGUGAAGGGGGACAAAGACUCUCUAUUACUCCCAGAGAGAAUCAAACGCCUGAUUCCCGAUGCAAAGAAGAUGCUGAAGAACUACCAAGCAUGGCAAUUAUACUGCGAGAGCUUCAGCAAGCCCACAAAGUCCCAAGGUGAUUUUACUACUGCUCGCUAUUUCCAGAAGGUGGCUGCAAACACCGCAGGAACCACAGGGCCGCACAGCUUUGAUACACCAAUCGCACACCGUACCCGCAAUCAAUGCAAGGAACAACAGGCCUUGGACAUCUCAAGACUUCGACUGGCACCCCCAGAGACUCCAACGAGGAAGACAAGAAAGCCGCCACAGACACCCGUGAUGUCAACUUCGGACGACGACGCGAGUGCAAUUAUAGAUGAUGAUGGUGGUGAUGGUGACGGUGAUGGAGAAGAGGAGGAGGAGGAAGAGGAGGAGGAGGAAGAGGAGGACGAGGACGAGGAGGCUUCUCCCUUCGUAUCUAUCACCCCGGCCGCCCAAGUCCCGGAGGUUACUGCCACUUUCGGAGAGUCUUGUUUCGUAGCCCGGACGGACGGAUACUUGGAUUAUGGCGAAGAGAAUGCCUAUGCUUUAGUUGAGGUUAAGCCUGUGAUGCAAGAAAGCGCCCAAAUGGUCGGAUGGCUAUUGAACAAUAAUGGGGGGAGUAUGAGCGACAAACUGUAA